AUUUCACAAAUCCACCUCAGCUGUCGGUGGACUCGUCUAAUUAUUCCUUCCCUCAAAGCCAGUCUGUUCUUACUAACACUUCAACGUCCCCACUCACAAUCUCUCCACCGUCCGAUCUAUCUCUUAAAACUUCACAUUACUCUUAUUACUCUCUCUCUCGCGUAUCUCACAAUUCAUUCUCCCAUUUCAUCUCCAAACCAGAAAUGGCGAAACUAAACGCCGUCGUUUUACUCUUCACCUUCGUUAUUCUCCUCACCGACAUCACAACAACCACCGUUGACGGCCAAGGAACAAACGCGAAACCAUUAGUGAAAUACAAGCACGGUAAAAAGUACUGCGAUAAAGGUUGGGAAUGUAAAGGAUGGUCAAUUUAUUGUUGUAAUUUGACAAUUACAGAUUAUUUUCAAACCUAUCAAUUUGAGAAUCUGUUUUCAAAGAGAAAUACUCCAAUUGCUCAUGCUGUUGGAUUUUGGGAUUAUUUUUCGUUUAUCAAUGCUGCUUCGCUUUUUGAACCGUUGGGUUUUGGUACUACUGGAAAUAAAACUACACAGAUGAUGGAAAUUGCUGCUUUUCUUGGACACGUUGGAAGCAAAACCUCUUGUGGUUAUGGAGUGGCAACCGGAGGACCUUUGGCAUGGGGUCUCUGUUACAAUCAUGAAAUGAGUCCUGCCCAGAAAUAUUGUGAUGACUAUUACAAAGUCGAUUACCCUUGCACUCCUGGAGCUGAAUACUACGGACGUGGAGCCAUUCCUAUUUACUGGAACUACAAUUAUGGAGCUGCUGGAAAAGCUCUGAACGUGAAUCUACUUGACCAUCCAGAAUACAUAGAGCAGAAUGCAACACUUGCUUUCCAGGCUGCGAUUUGGAAAUGGAUGACACCGGUCAAAAAGUCCCAACCUUCUGCCCAUGAUGCCUUCGUUGGCAACUGGAAGCCUACCAAGAACGACACUUUAGGGAAACGGGUUCCUGGUUUCGGUGCUACAAUGAACAUUCUCUAUGGCGAAGGUGUUUGUGGACAGGGUGAUGUUGAGUCAAUGAGCAAUAUCGUUUCCCAUUACCUAUAUUAUCUUGACCUUCUUGGUGUCGGCCGUGAACAAGCUGGGACCCAUGAUGUCCUUACAUGUGCUGAGCAGCUUCCUUUCAACCCAAACACCAAACUUGCAGCAUCUUAAAUUAGAUCAUAUUUAUCAGCAUAUGAUAUUGUUGUGCUUAUACCUUUGAAAAUGGUAAGCUAAUAAUGGUUCUUAAAGUUAUUGGCAACAAUGCAAUAAUUUUGAACUGUGUGGAAGAAGUGUGUGAAUUCUUUAUAGUUUUUCUUUGUUGUUGUGUAGAAGUUAAGUCAUUUGUAAUAUCAUUACACUUUGUGAGAAAUUUGUAUCUGGUAUAUAAUUACGUUAUGGAUGUUUUUUGUUAUUAUAUAUAGAUUUUGUUAUUAUAUAUA